CUGUCAACUUUAUUUAAGAUACCAACACCCAAGCCAGUGAUCACAGUUCCUAUUACAACUAUCACGAACACAGCUCCGAUUACGCCGACAACUCCCCGGGUCCAGACUCAGUGGCGUGGGAGUCAGAACACGCCUGUAGUUGUGGGAGCCACUCCAGGUGUUCCGACGCAUCCAGAUGUGAGGGCGACCAAUCUUCAGAACUUGAAGACGAGAUGGGAGUUUUCUUCUAUUACUGGCACUCCUAUUCAUCCGGACGAAACCGAGGACGAAAUUUUGAAGGCGGCUAUACGCAUGCGUGAUACAGCCAUCCCUAGGAAAAUUGAUCAUAAACCGAAGGAUCCUCAGCCUUACCUAGCUAAGAAAGUGUCACAGGCGAUCAAAAAACAGGAGCAACAGCGUUCUCCAACAUGUUCGCCUCUUUCCAAAAGCCCUCGCUAUGCUGACGAGUCGGAUGAGGGUGAAGAAGAGGAAACUGUGAAUAAGGCUAAAGCGUCUACAAAGCUAGCCUACUCUCCCUACAAAUCGCCUGCAAUCAAAAUGUCCCCCAUAAGGACUCCCAAAACCCCAGUCCACAAAUCGCCUAAUCUUAAAACCGCUGUUCACAAAUCGCCAAAGUCGCCGCUCCAUAUACAGCACCCUGACUCGGCAGAAGAGGCUAAUCUUUUUGGAGAUGAUGAGGAGUCGAGUGACGAGAUGAAUGGUUCACACAACGUAUCCCAUCUGAUCGAUAAAGCUUUCGAAUUUAUGGAUAGUACACCCAAUAAAUAUACUAGCACGACACCAACGAGAAUCGCAGAUGGUGUAGCACCUACAGCUGAGGAGUUUGCCAUAAUUGGCAGCUAA